AUGUCCGUUGUGGAGUGGCGUCGAAAUUCUAGCCCUCAUCUGGGAGCGCUGCCCAUGCCGUCGUCCUCUGUAUGGCGUAAAUCCUCGCAACCACCGUUGAGUGUCAGCAGUUUGUCGACGGAUGCGACAAGAUCUAACUCCGUUGAGGAACCGGCAAUGAUGACAUCGAGCUCGCCUUAUGAUACCGAUGAAGCUGAUCUAGGACCAUCACAGCCAUCAUCCACGAGAAACGGCGAAAGACCAGUGUCACCGGAUGUCUACCAAAGACUGAUUUUACAUUCGGAAGAUAUGAAAAGUCUUGUGCGGACAAUUACUAAUGAGGCAAAAAAUCUCAUACAUGCAGAGACGUGUUCGUUAUUCUUGCUGGAUAAUGAAAACAAAGAACUAGUUGCGAAUGUUUUCGACAAAGCUGGUGAUUUGUCAGAAAUCAGACUUCCUAUGUCGAAAGGAGUAGUAGGGCGAGUGGCGAGAACCAGAACAAUGAUGAACGUUCGUGACGUGCAGAGAUGUCCGUUCUUCUACGCCGGUGUAGACGAAUUAACUGGCUUUCAAACAAGAAACAUUCUCUGCUUCCCCAUUAUUGACAACUCAGGGACCUUUGUCGGAGUGGCAGAGCUUUGUAACAAGACGGGAAGAACGGGUUUCACUCGACACGACGAACAGAAGGCUCGCACGUUCGCGGUAUAUUGCGCGACCAGCAUAUCACAUGUAUGUGUUUUAUGUCUACUCUAUCGCAAAGUGCAAGAGGCUCAACGCCGCUCGCAUAUGGCCGCUGAGCUCCUCGUGCAAGGAUCACAGUUGCUUAUUUCUCAAGAAGAUGUCAAUAAGCUUACGAACGACCCUGUAAAGAGUUGGAGGUUUUGGAGUCGUCGUUUCAACCUAUUCUGCUUUCCACCUCGUUCUAUUGGAGACGGAGAGGCAUACGUCUCAGCGUCUAUGACCAUGUUUAAUUUUAUAAACCUUCAGGAUCUUGGCUUUACAGCAAGGUAUAGCAUGAAUAAGCGGAAGUUGGCUUCGUUCUUGUUGCGUGUGGCCAAAGGAUAUCGCGAUGUGCCUUAUCAUAACUGGUCCCAUGCAUUCUCUGUAACUCAUUUCUGCUGGCUCACCUUACGAACUCCUGCUGUGUUACAUGGACUUGAUGAAUUGGAACGAUUAGCUCUGCUUAUUGCAUGCCUCUGUCAUGAUAUCGACCACAGAGGGACUACCAAUGCUUUUCAGUUGCAGUCGGCACGUUUUAUUUGGAGUCUUUAUCAUAGAACCCCACUAGCACAACUUUACAGCAGUGAAGGCAGUGUACUAGAGAGACAUCAUUACGCACAAACGGUUCAGAUUUUACUGAUGCCAGAGUGUAAUAUCUUGGAUCAGCUGACGCGCAUUCAAUAUCAAACGGUACUCAGUCAUAUUAGGGAUGUGAUUCUUGCCACCGAUAUAACCGUCCAUCUUGCCAAAGUCGGUCGUAUAAAGGCGAUGGUUGAUCAGGGUUACGAUCCAUUGUCUCGAGAUCACCAUUACUUGUUUAUGUGUCUUUUAAUGACAUCUAGUGAUUUGUCGGAUCAAUCAAAAGAUUUCCGCAAUUCAAAAGCUAUUGCUGAAAAUAUAUACCGAGAGUUUUUCUCACAAGGUGAUCUUGAAAAACAAAUGGGGGCUAAUCCGAUAGAAAUGAUGGACCGAGAUCGCGCUGCCGUCCCGAAAAUUCAGUUGGACUUCAUGGAUACGGUUGCUAUUCCUGUAUUCGAAAUGGUGUCAAAAAUCAUGCCAGAAGGUCGGUCCACGUUCGAAGCUAUCUCAUUGAAUCGUCAGUGCUGGGCUGCGUUAGAUGAGAUUUUAGUUGAGGGUGGCAGUCGUCCUGUUCUUGGUCUCGAUUACCUUAGAGAUGAUGAUUUGGAGAAACGGGUCAUCGAACGUGUACGACAACGAAGGAAGUGUGCAACAUUAGAGCAAACAGAAGCUAUGUGUAGCUGA